GAUCAUUUCUUUACUUUGAUCUUGACAAUGGCCACUGUGUGAAACAUGAAAAAAGUUGAGAAGUUGGUGAUUAUGGAUGUUAUUACAGGCUGGAGGGCGUUGAGUUCAACAAAUGGAUGAAGGUGUAACAGUGGAGUCUACAACACUCAUCAAUAUUCGGAAGAAAAGGAGGGAAGAAUUUUUUUUUUUCCGAAGUAACAACACCAGAGUCACGCCAUGAGUAUCAUCGACAUUCUCACCAGAGUUGAUUCUAUCUGUAAAAAGUAUGAUAAAUACGACGUCGAGAAACAAAGGGAUUCCAAUAUCUCCGCUGACGAUGCAUUCGCAAAACUCUACGCCUCCGUCGAUGCCGAAAUCGAGACCUUACUUCAGAAAGCAGAAACCGCUUCCAAGGAGAAAAGUAAGGCGUCUACUGUAGCGAUCAAUGCCGAGAUUCGUCGUACUAAGGCUAGGUUAUUGGAGGAGGUUCCCAAGUUGCAGAGGUUGGCUAUGAAAAAGGUAAAGGGGCUUUCAUCGCAAGAAUUUGCUGCCCGUAAUGAUUUGGUUCUUGCAUUGCCAGAUAGGAUUCAAGCUAUCCCAGAUGGGACCCCUGCAGUACCCAAACAAACGGGAAGUUGGGCAGCUUCUGCCUCACGUCCUGGAAUUAGAUUUGAUUCAGAUGGACAAUUUGAUGAUGAAUACUUCCAUCAAACAGAAGAAUCAAGUCGAUUUAGGCAGGAGUAUGAAAUGCGUAAAAUGAAACAGGAUCAAGGUUUGGAUAUGAUAGCAGAAGGAUUGGAUACUUUGAAAAACAUGGCACAUGAUAUGAAUGAGGAACUGGAUAGACAAGUACCGCUGAUGGAUGAGAUUGAUGCUAAGGUGGACAAGGCAUCUUCCGACCUUAAAAAUACCAAUGUUAGACUUCGAGACACAGUGAACCAGUGUGCUAAAAACAUGAUACGGCAUAGAGGACAGAUCAUUGGAUCAAUUUGUAUGGCAUAUCUGUAUCUCUUGUAUUUUCUUGGUAGUAUCGUGGUGUGACUCAUGUCUAUUUUUUUUUUUUUAAACAAAUUAUUGCACUUGUUCUUGUUACUUACAAGAUGCACUUGUCCUUUUAUACAGACUCAAGAUGCCACUAAAUUAUGUCACACUGCGAAUUUGUAUCUGUAUUGACACUUGUGUAUAGCAAAUUAAGAUGGAUUAUCUAUAACCAAAAAUACAAUAAAAUUUAAUGCCAGUUUUAUUUUACAAAUAUAAUACCUUUAAAAGUUUAAAGUGCAACAUUAGACAGAGACUGAAGAAGGUGUUGUUGUCAUGUUUUCUUUACUCCCAAGUCUUCAUCAGGUGGCCGGCAAAUGAUUCCUAACUCGUUCGUUUAAGAUUGAUAUUCAUCCAGAAAGUUUGCAGGCAUGCGUUACUGUUGUAGCUCAACUCGUCACUCCCCUUGCAAGAUAUUUCCAAUAAAACUGCACCAUUCAGACAGGUAGCAAUAUGCCAAAUUACUAUGGAUUAAUAGUAGUUAAAGUUUAUUUAAUAUUUUUGUUGUCAUGUAUUAUUAUUAUUAUUAUUAUUAUUAUUAUUAUUAUUUUU